CACAGACAGACCCUUGCCAUUGACCAUGACAUCCGGCUAAAACAACUUCAGCGGCACUUUGCCACGAGCUGGAAGACGGACACACGUUUGAAUUCGUCGAAGCGACUUUUCCGGCCCCGCUAGCCCCUGGUACAUACAUCCAUCCAUCAGUUAUCACCCCCAAAGGUCCUCCCUCACUAACACUAACCCGUCAGCCCUCCGGCCCUUCUACCCGGAAGACCAAGCGUACUUCGAAUGGAUGCCACAAGACGACCCGUCGCUAGUGCUGCAAGCGCUGCGCGACCUGGACAAAUUCAUCGAAGUGGAAGGCCCCUUCGACGGGAUCAUCGCCUUCUCCAUGGGCGCGCUCCUCACAACCACGUACCUGAUCCAACACGGGAUCAAGAAACCGCACACGCCACUGCCCUUCCAAUGCGGCAUCUUCCUGUCCGGGCAGGUCCCGGUGGACCCGAUCGCGCUGGAACGCGGUGAGAUCCGCGUGCUGGAUCCGGCGGUGGACGGCGACCAGUUGAUGGCCAAUUUCCCGACGGCGCAUAUCUGGGACCCCAAUGACGAGGCCUACCGCGACCAGAGCGAGCGGUUGAGUGGGCUGUGCGAUCCGCGGGUGCAGCUGCGGUUGCACCACGGCGAGGGCCACGCGGUGCCGGGCCCGCGCGCGCAGGACUCGCUGCUGGGCAGUGUGAGGGUGAUUCGGCGGACGGUGGAGCAGGCAGCGAUGAUGGUGUAGAUAGGUGUGGG